AUGAAUGCCAGGGGCUGGAUGCUAGAUUUUGCGUGCUGGAUGGUGUUUUUGUCUAAAGAGGAUUGUGUUCGCCGCAACUCUAUGGAAACUGAAAAUGAUGAGCUGUCCACCAGCACCGAAAAUCUUCGGACGCAGGGAGACCAACGGGGUAUGGGUGACUUGAAUGAAACAAUGAGGAACAGCAACACAGGAGGCGAUCCUGCUUUCAUAAACAGUUCCAAGCGCUUACGAAAGGAGCUAAACGACAUCACCCUCAAUCCGCCACCCCUUUGCAGUGCGGGCCUGAAAGCCGAUAAUAUAUAUCAGUGGGUUGCCACCAUUAUUGGUCCACCAGGUUCCCCUUACGAAGGUGGUGUAUUUUCUUUGAGCAUGGAAUUUCCUAUACAGUACCCUUUUAAGCCACCAAAGGUGAAGUUUCUGACUGAGAUUUAUCACUGCAACGUGAGUUCACGGGGUCACCUUUGCUUGGAUAUCCUGAAGAAUUCGUGGAGUCCGGCCCUGACAGUGUCUUCGGUGCUACUUUCGGUUUGCUCCCUGCUGUCGGAUUGCAACCCGAAGGACCCCCUUGUUCCUCACAUCGCCAGCUUAUACCUCUCCAAUCGCAAGGAACACGACCGACUGGCUAGAGAACAUACUCGUAGACAUGCGUUUUCCCAACCCUAA